AUCCUGACAAUGGCUGUUUACAUACAAAAGACACGUGACGACAGGAAGCUGAUGGCAGGACGACCUUGGACUUGGAGUGUGAAAACUGGAACAACAUCGACUUUACUCAAUAUUCCAUUCCACGAUCUUCUUUAUAGACAUUCAAACCUGUACAUUCUCGGCAAGCAGAAAGCCUCCCAGACACUGUGCCAUGUGACUGAUUUUGACUACAUCUUCCCUGCAACUUCAAGAUGAAAGAAAAUGGACUUUUUGGUUCGUCUACCUCCAAAGUUCAAGUUUUGAUUAUGUUCACGUAACUACGACACGUUUUCUUCAAAGAGGAGCAUCUCUCAGAACUACAGAUCAGUAUGGCACAAGAAAGCAACUUUCAGUCUGGAAACUCCAAAGCAUCAGGAGAGGGUGCGUAUUGGUGGGAGGAAGAUUUCUACGCUGGAAAGCUGGUUGACCUUCCUGAUUGGUCCAAAGAUGCAGGUAUGCCCUCUGCUUCGGUACACAUUCAGCACAAAUUGGAUAUUACUGAUGAACCUUCAGAACUUACCAACACAGAUGUUCUAACCCAAGGAUUUGUUUUAUCCAAGGUGCCAUCAUUGGUGAACCUUUCCAUGAAUAAGAUCAUGUCUGUCAGUGAGAUGCCAGAGGCAAUUCAGGUCCCUCCAGGACUUGUCCCUUUGUUGAGGAGACAUCAGGAGAGAGUUAAGCUGGAAAAGAUCCAGCUCACAUGGCUCUUGAAUGAACUCAUGAACAGAGAAAAGACAGUUAACUUUCACUUGCAUUCGUGUUCCAAAGAUUCCCCCCCAAAUCAGGACGUGUUUUUCUAUCGGGGUUGCCGCCCUGCAUGGGAAACAGACCUGAUAGCUCGCCAGCAUUUGUACUGUGGGUACACAUUUGGUUAUUAUGAUGAACAUUCCUGUACGUAUCUGCCUGUUGCAGUGGAAGGCAGAGAAUGUAGUGACUGGUGUAUUGCUACUUUGGCACAUGCCAUUCAACUGAUGCUACCUCAGCAACUGUUCCUCCAGAAGUCAGAUCCACAUAUUACUAACCAAAUACCUGUGAAGAAGGCUCUUGAAGAAGCUUUGGAGGCAUCCGUCAUGAGAGUUAGCCAUGCUCUUUCCAAAGUCUGCCCCAAGCUCAUUAAAUAUUGCUUUGAGCCCGCACUUGCGUAUGUAUGGUGGAGCAGAGGUGACUUGUCAAAAGCCCAAGAAGUAUUUUUAAAACUUUCCAAGCAAAUGCAAAAUGACAUAGAGAGUGAUCUCCAACAAACAAGUGAUGAAGUUGUAAAAGUGAAAGAGUGGAUUAGUCAGAGAGCCUUGUACUUGAAUGAGAUAGGACGUCUGCAUUCAUAUGUUGGCCAACCAGAGUUAGCAGUGAAAUAUUACGGACAAGCUGCCGAUCUGUACUCAAUGUAUGUUCCUCGUUAUGCAGUGGAUUGUUCAACGCAGAGUUUGGUGCUGAUGGCCACUGCAUAUGACCAAGGGUUGAUGGGUAGUAAACUUGCAAUACGAGCAGCUGAUUCUUGGAGUACUCUUACUGUCAAACCAGAUAUUAACCCCAACAUACUACAAAUGGCUGCGGAAUCAUUCUUGCACUGCCACACAGGAUACCUGUCCACUCAUAGAGAUUGCACAGACAACCAAACUGCAGCAUGGCUCCUGGAAGGAAAGGACCUCCUAAAGCGACUUGUCACCAGGGCACCGCAGGUAAACCUCCAUCUGUCAUUGGUUCAAGCAAUGCUAGGAGAAGACAUGGAAGCAGAGGAUUCUUACAUGAACUAUGUUCAACAAUAUGCAUCACACCAUCCAAGACUUCAACAACAGAUCCCAGGUGCUGUAUCAGUGUUUGUUGGCUCCGAGAUAAAGUCUCAUCCCUGGUGGGUGUUCCGGGAUUGGCAAAGAACCAGCAACACCAACAAAUCAGGCAAACCGAGGAUAAGUAACCCUCAACAUCUGAGAGCUUUGCCUUUAGUGUGGAGAAGACGAUUCAGAUUCUGUAGCUGUAACACAAAAAGUAUUGAAGGAGAAGAUAUGAAUCGUGGCUUGUGGAGUACCCCUUACCAACAAGUAGCAGAAUAUCAGGACAAUGAUCUGUCUCUGUAUCUCAAUAAAGAUGGUCUUCUAGGAGGUUGCUUGAUGCAGAACCUUCCGCCCUUGAGACCAGUGUUACUUGACCCUUACACAGGAAGGAUAUGUGUGCCUGGGCAAUACCAUGAACAGGAGACUUUGUCAUGGAGUAAUUGUCGAAUCAUUCAGCGUUGGGAUGUCUUAUCAUUCACUUUGACUUUUGACACAGUUAUUCCAACUCCAGUUCAUGUAUACAGUUCAAGUACAGGUGUAGUUGUAUCGCUCCUCACAUGGAAUCAAAACAAAGGAGAUGGAAAAGAGACGAUGGUUCAUGAGAGAUCCCUGGAUCUGCAAACAACACAGGCAACCCAUGCAGUACUCUCAUAUUCCAGUCCUGACAGUGGCACUCAUACACUGAAUUUGGUUGAGGCAGUUGUUGAAAGUAAAAAGAUGAUGAUCUUAGAGCAGCUGAUCGCAGAGGGUUACAGUAACGAUCUACAAGUGAUAGAAGAUGCUUCUGAUUUUCUUGAUUUCUGUAGUAACACAUCCAAGAACAUGCAGUAUAACUUUCUCAAAACAGCAUUAGAUGGUGAUUCCAGGGAAAGGUGUACCCUCCUUGAUAUAAAAAGGCAGUUGGGAAAGACACCCGGAAAGUGUGUUGGUUCUAAACAACUGACUGAGAAACAACACAAGAAAGUGCUGCAGUCUAUUAAGGACUUUGGACCUCUUGAGCUGGAAACACAAACUGUUGUCCUCUGGAGAGUAAUGUUAAUAAGCCAGUCAACAGCUGUUCUGGCUUUGCACACAGAUGGACAAGAUGGAUCAUCCUUACAUGAUGGCAAAGCUGACACUUUAGUCUUUGUAGACUGCACAAACCCAGAAACCUUCAGCAAACCAGUGAUUCCAUGCCCUAGUCAUCCUAAUGCCUUUUGGCGUCUGCCAUCAAAGGAUGAUCAUGUUGGUAAAUCAGCCAAGAUAUUCGUUGCAAUUGAAGUAUCCACUUUCACUGCGGAUCCAGAUGAAGACAGGCUUGUUAUCUUUGAUGCCAAGGGGACAGUUUUGCAGAGCCAUGUCUGGCAACACCAGCCAGCUGUAGUUGUAGCAAGCAGCUGCCCUAUGCUUGGCAACGAUUGUGAGUUCACGGAUUUGGUGCUUCAUAGCAACAAGACGAAAUCAAGACUGAGGUUGAUGAGUACAAAUGGAACAAUUCAGUUUCAAACAAAACCGCUUGGAAGUAUUGAACAUUUCCUUCUGGUGGAAAGCAUGGUUUUUAUUUCCCUGAGGGAUCGCAUUUUAGUUCUGGAAUCAACCACACUGGAACCCAUUGAGAUCAUACAUGGAGAACCACAGUUUUCAGCUGAGCAACCUGGUCUUCCUUCUGGCAAAAAUGGAGUUCUUUUGACUGGAGAAAGAAGUUUCAUGAAGGUGUUGUCUAUAAACAAGCUCUGUACAUCACCAUCUAACCAGGCUGAUGAAUGCAUCCAAGUGAUUCUUGGAGUCGCAAACCAUGUGUUUGUGUUGCAGAGAACCACGCAUACAACCACUUGUAUGGCAGAGCCUUCUGUUAUUACCCAAUCAUCUCCUGUAACAAUUAUUGCAAAGAUCAUGGUUCCUGGGGUCCCAACAGAAGCCUGUUACCUCAGCCAACUUGAUGGAUUUGUAGUCACAGUCUCUUUGUUCCAAGAUAAAGAACUUCCAUUCUACCGUGAGAACCUGUACUGGUUUGACAUUAAUGGCUGCGUCCAAGGCAUUCACCCUUUCAUAGGGCCAGGUCCACAUUGUAUGUUUGCCACUGAGCUGAAACAGACCCCUCCAGAUGUGAAGGAACCACAAGUACUUGCAAGUGGAAAGAGCGGGAGGACAUCGCUAACAAGUGAACGUGACAACAUGCAAGAAAAGCAGUGGCACAUCUUCUUUGCGGAUGGUCUUGGUGCACUUUGUUGCAUUAAACUUUAGAUUAUUGUCUAGGGAGGAGUCUAGGGGUACGUGAAGGCUUACAAAAUAACAUGGAGGAAAAAAACAGAAAUUUGACCAUAACAAAAAACAUGGCUGCAGAGAUGACAGAGCAAACAGGUUUCUGUUGCCCUCUUGCUUGGUGACAUUGAUGUGGUACAUUCCAUGGAGUGUUGCAGGGGGUUGGACAAUUUUUGGGCAAAGUGCCCUUGUCCAUGGCAGUUGUAGCAAAUCAGUGCUUGGCUCUGGGAUAGUUGGGUCAAGUUAUGGCCGGUGGAAUUGUGCAUUGUCAGGUGGCUUGGGUUCUGGGGUAUGAUGCAUAGUUGACUCCAAUUGGCAGUCUCACAGGUGUGGGCAUAAUUAAUGGAAGUUAGGAUUUUUGGACGGACUUGGUCAGGGACUGGAUUUUUCCCUUUCAUCUGUUGUAGGACUCCUUCUCUUUAUCCUCCUGUGCUGAAAUACUGCUGUUUUGGCUACCUUUCAUGUGUGUGCUUUCACAUUUGGCUCAUCGGAUAACCCAGUUCUUCAGCUUCAGCAAAAAAACAUCGUCUGGGUUCCUGUCGAGGAGGUCUUGGCUGAAAUGUCUCUACCUCUCUUGGUGGAGGCCAUCUAUGAAUUGCCCCUUCAAAAGCGUGUCUGGUUGCUUGUAGAGUUGCAGUUCCUUCUGUGUAUGAACACAGCUGCUGGAGUUCCACUUCGUAUUCCUUCAUGGGUUUCCCCAUCUGUUGUCGCCUAUCAGUCAGAUGCCACUGUAGCACCCAACUAGUGAUUAGUAAGAGGCUUCUCCAUAAGAGGCUUGCAGGCAUGAGAGAACAGCCUGCACUCCAGCUUUCCUACCAAGGAGGGAUCAGGCCGCCACCUUUAGGACAUCUGGGAGAUAAUCUGUUGGAACAUGGUAGCAUUCGAAGGCAUAGCAGAAAUCUUCUAUGGUGGUGGUUAGUCCCGAGCAGUCCUUGACCACCGAAUGAGGGACAUUCCUUUCUGGCGCCAUCACGGCAGUCAAGAAUGGGUCUCGGUCUUCACUGGAAGGGGGUGAACUCAUGGUGACCCCAUCCUCCCCGCAGAGGUAGUAUGGUGCUGUCCACAUGAGCUAGGGUGACCUCUUUGCCAUUAAAGAUAAGCCACUGGCAGCUGGGAAGAAAUCUCAGGAAAAAAGUCUGGAACUACAUGUAGAUAACGGGGUGUACAGUUCUUAAUUCACACUUGAAAACCUGCACAAACUUAAUAGCCCGAUCAUUGCUAUUCGGUGACUUAGGAACAGGACCUCUCAACUCUGUAAGGCAGUUAGGUUUACGAUGCAUGUACUUGUUGUAAUCCUGCAACUUAGCAAGGGCAAUUUUGCCUUACAAUUUGUGUAAUACUUAACACAUACAGAUGGUGACUUCUCACACAACAAUAUGCAAAACCACUGCACCUUUUAAACAGCAUGCCACAAUGUUGUUAGGCUAGUUUCUGAGUUUCUGAAUUACCGGCAGUGCUUUUAUGUGCUCUGCAUUGGGUAUGGCCAUGGUCACAAACUGUAUGCUAUUUGGCAGCAUUGCUUUUUGCAUAUGAUUUCCUGUUCCGUAAUUGAUCUGUCAGUGCAGCCUUUUUCAAGUAUAUAUGUGUUCUAAUGAUGUCAUAAUUUUUUAUAUCCGAGGUUGAAAUUUUGGGUUGAAAAUGUCAUCUGCGAUGUGUUGUAUGAAUUCCCUACAUAUCUUGCCUGAUCUUUACGUGCCAUAGUGAUUGUCCAUGAUUGUCCAUAGUGAUUGUCCAAUGAUUUAUGAGGUUGUGAAGCUACAUGUACAAUGUACACGUACACCUGGAUUAACCUAUAACCGCCCUGAAUCCUUCAAAAUCCUCUUUGCCAAAGUGGAGGAAUUACAUUGAGGUUACAUGGCAAACGUGCGUUACUAAUUUAGUAGGAUGCAUUUUGUCAAGGUGUUGGGCCAGACCUUGUGUUGUUAAUGCUCAGCCAUGCAUAAAUAUAGGCCUGGAUUAUGCUUGAAAUCCUCCGUACUGCUCCAGGAUAUCACUGGCCAAGCCUCAA